AUGAGCGACGCGCUGGCUAAUGAAUACGUGUUUGUCAAGAGUCCAGGAGAGCUUUCGAGCCUCCUCUCGGGGGACACAAUGGUGAAUCGCGGUAUACAAUUUGUAUCUGUAUUAACAGACAUUGAUUUUGAUCCUCAGACCAAAUGCCAUCUAUACUUCAAAAACUUCCAGCAUGGUGACACCGAAGAACCUGAUUACACUUGUCGAAUCAUAUGCAAUACGACUGCGACUUUGAAUCUCACUCGAAUGACCCUUUCGUUGUUCUCUCAACAAUUUGAUCUUGAAUUCCCGGAGAAUGAGGCUGAGACACAAUUCAACCUUGAGCAUAUACAUUUGGAUAAACUGUGCUUUGUACUUUGUAAAGGUGCAUUGGUAGGCCGUGGCAGCAGCUAUGGUAUUUUUUUGAAGGGACUGCGUCCCAUCGAUCUGAACACUACGCUGUUUGCUGCUCGAGAUAACGAUAUGGGCACUGCUGUAUAUGAGGCUACAAAAACAAUCUUCGAUAACCUGGUGAAACUCAACCGUAAUUCGAAAGCCCAAUUCAAAUUUGUGAAAUUGUCAAAUCUAACUAAUGAAAUGCUGCGCUACUUCCAAGCCCGCCAAGAAUCCAUACAAUUGAUAAACACGAAAAAUCCUAUGUAUGGGGCCGCGAGAUUCAACAACGAUCACGAUUCCGUGAACGACUUUGAUUCCCAGGUUCCAGACACUGACCCAGAUUUCAACUCAUAUGCACAUUGGAGCCAGCCAAGCAAUGCAGUUCCAGCGGGUGGAACUCAAGGUGAUUCUCUCACAAACGACAGAAUCGAACACUCGGGAAGUUCGGGAUUCCAUUCCACAGUUUCAAGCGCCAUGGGUACGGCAGAAAGUGGAGCAGUUUCACAGCUGCGGGCUCUAGAAGCUAGGCCAAAGACUAUACAUCUUGCUAACACCAAUUACGCACAAACGGGGAAAAAUAUCCAAGCGGAAGCCCCAAUUCAGCAAUCCAGUCUGUCAUCUACGAGCUCUGUGACUUCUUUUGAUACUGGAGAAAAUCUGGAGGCAGAAAAAAAACAACCUCCACCCAAAAAACAGCGAGUUUCGGGUGCUUUGGAACACAACAUCAAAGCCUUGAAUUCUUCGAUUGCGAGUGCAUGCACAGAUGAAAUUUUGAAAUUACAAGUUAGGGUAGCGGGUAUACGCGUCCAUCAUGGCUCGACUGGUCCUAGCGCGGUGCUUCUUUGUCAGCCCGGUGAUCAAGAACUAACGGCGGAUUCCGAGCUUCUGUGCGUAAAUGUCAAUUGCGUAGAGAUUGAGGCCAACUCUGUUGAUAAUAUAAAGUGCGGGUCAAAACUCCUCGAUGCUGACAGUUCAGAAUCCUUGAUAGAACAGCUAAGAACUUACUGCAGAGAGGACAAGCUUACUAUCGCGGCCAAAAAAGUUCCGCUGUUGCUUGGAAACGGUCAUUUCACUUUCAAGCUGGCAUUGAGAUCCGUUAAGGCCGAUGAAAGAAUUGAAAAGCUGGUGUCCCCUCCUCCCACACCAGCGGCGAGUCAAGUCGUUGUUUCUAGCAAUCAUUCAUCCCAGUAUUCGCAGGAAUCCAGAGAUCCACUCACGACGUUUUCAGCCAUUUCGCUUGCCGAGAAACGGGUUGAGUUUGUGAGGACUUUUGCGUUGCUGGUGAGUGCCAAAAGCGUUGGCAAGAAGAUGACCAAAUUCGCAUUCACGGAUUUUACGUCGCACCCAAGCAACACUCUUUCUGCUGCCGAUGCCUUUAUAGGGACGUACGCAGAUCGGUUGCCACAGGACAAAGCGUUCCCGUUUGUGAUCUACAACGAUCACUUGGCACAAUUCGACCGCUACGUUCGGGAGAAGAUGGGCAUUACUUACAAGGAACUAUUUAACGUUUUUGACAACAAUCUGACGCACCAGGGCAUUGUGUGCCGGUUGGAACUGAAGGUCAAGCUGUACAAUGGCGGGGUUGACGGGAUUGUCCGCACGUGCGAGCCUAUUUUGGCCCACGACCCAAAUUUGCGGCCCGAUGAGAUCCAGUUUCUAAGGUCUUUUUAUACCAGAAGCAUUGCACACAUCCCACAAUCGCUGCUGGUCCAGAGAUUCGACCAAUAUGCGAUGUUCUUCCCUAUAACCAAAUUCAACGGUUUGGUCGUUAUCGACGAAAAUGCUCAUCACAACCCUCAUCACCAUCAGCAACGACAGGAUCCAUCACUAUCGAUGCAAGUUCAAGUGUGGGAGCCACCGAAUUUGAGCGGUAUUACGGCCAACUUGAAGGUCACAGAUGAUGUUGAGCUUCCGGUAUUGGCCACCAUGAACAACGUUAGUGGUGAUGCUAACGACGACGACGAGAACGAUGUCCUUGCCGUUUUCGAGGUGCACGCCAAGGUCGUGCACGUGCUGCAAGCACCGGAAUGUUUAGUUUUCCAUCUCACCAACGAUUACCUCACCCAGGACAUGCUGGACUCGCACCGUUUGCUGCGAGUGGAGAUUCCGGGUGCUCACAACAUUGCGAAUUUCUACGGCGGGGCCCAGACUCGGGCGAGUGAAAAUGAACUUUCAGGUCUUGUAGCCGGUGGUGAUCAGCGAUUAACAUUCCGUCUGUCGCCUUUCAAGGCUCCUGUGAGUAGCUCUCGAAACGUACGAAUCUGGUGUCCUAUAGAGUGUUCGAUCUACGAAUUGCAAGCCGAAAUGCAUGUCAAGCAAGAGGAAUAA